UUUUCGUUCAAAACUUCUGUACAUAUGGCAUUUUAUUCCUUAUUUUGCUCACAAUUCCAAUUGCAAGGCGAUACAAACCAAAAUCUCAAUAUUGAAUGUUCACAAGUAGAAAAUACAAGGUCUGCUUUCUGUCGCUGUCUCUGUCGUCCACGAGUCUGCUUCGCAACGUCGUCACCGGCCAUCGUCGCACUUCUACUACUUCCCUUGUUUUCGUCUUCCACCGUUCAGGCUUCAGUUCUCCGCAUGCAAAUUGAAAUUUGCAGAUGGCAGAACACGCUUGAGUAAAUCGGGUAGUUGCCUUUGCAACUUGAUUGGCGAGCCUUGCGCCGGAAAAAUCUUCCAUAAUUAUUGCCGCACCUCGGUUUCCUAUCUUUUCGGCCUCUCUCCUAUCCCGAUGCCGCCCGGAUUUUUCGAAAAUUUCCGUCGGUUGAACAACCGAUUAAUUUUAUGCGGAAGUUAAAAUUGGAAAAUCAAGACCUUUUAAGUCCUAUGAAACAUGACUCACAUUUGGAGUCCUAUUUGUGCAUAAAAAAGUGCUUUUAGUCCUACUUAGGUAAAAAAACUCUUUAAUGCAUGGGCUCAAUUGAGUGUCUUUUAUAAGGAUGCCUAUUUAGAUAAUUGUCUCUAAUUGUAGUAGAGGGCAAGAACCUUCUUAAGAAGUCCAAAUGGCUUCGGUUAGAAAGAGCAAUAUAAAUGAAAUAGAGAAAAGUGUCAAAUUGGCCCUCGUACUCUGUACGGAAAAUCAAUUAUGUCCUCAUAUUUUAAGUUUCAUCAAUUAAGUCCUCCUACUUUGACAUUUUCGUCAAAAACGACUUUUAGCAGGUAAUCCGUUCAAUCAGCAGGUUACCUGCUGAUGUGGCACAAAUGUGGCGCACACGUGGCCUGACACCGAGCACGUGUGGCGGUCAAGUCAACUUUUUUCCCUUUUCCUUCUUCUCUCUUUUUGUUUUCUUUCUUUUUUCUUUUCUUCUUUCUCCUUCCCCACCCCCCUUCCCUUCGUCUGCGCAGACCCAUUUCUUUCCCCCAUUUUCUUUCUUCGUUUCUUUUGGUUUUCCUUUUCUUCAUUUAGGUGCUUCUCUUUCUCUGUUCAUGUUCGUGCAGAAGAAACAAGGACGAGAUCUAGUGCAGCACCACAAUUCGAUUCCAGAAGCGAUGUUCGCCGGAGUUCGUUCCAGAGCAGCCGGGGAGUUCAAUUCGACCCUAAAACAGAAGCAGCAGUUCGCGACUUCGCUCCCUCUCUGAAGCUCAUUCCAGAGCAUCACCGAAGUUCGAUUCGAUCGGAAAAUAGAAGUGACGAUUCGCCGGAGUUCGUUCAAGAGCAACACAGGAAACGGUUCACGAUUUUUGAGAUUAAAUUCGAGUUCUUUGGCUAGAAAGGAGUCUCCAUAUAAAGUUUGAGCAACUGGGGAUGAGUUUUGGGGGCUGAUUUGUAGCUCGCCGGGACUUCUUUUGGGACUCUUCCGGCAUUUUAUCCUGCGAUUAUGAGGCUCAUCGCAAAAAAAAUGCAAAAGAGGUCACCGCGCA